CUCCCAGGCUACAUGAUAGGGGACAGGGCCUGGGACAGCCACAUGGGCCGAAUUCGGCCUGCUGAGUGGCUUUUGCCCACCCCUGUCUUAAAACAUUUAAAUAACAAAUAAAUAUUCAGAACCCAUGAACCUUGAUCAACACUUUUGAGUUUAAGGCUGCUUUUCCUCAUUAAGAAUCAGAAGAAAAACAUCUAACUUUGAGGUCAAGUUUUAUAAAUAUGACAAAAUAAUGUCCUAUAUUAAGGGCUUCUUUUGUUUAAUACAAAUAAAUGUUGCUGUUUCCUUUGUUUAAUUAAUUUCCAGUUGCUACCCUAAUGCAGCUUGACAAGGCAUGAGGAAAAAGUUAAUUAUCUAGCAAAUAAGCAAUAUAUCAUUCAUCAUACUCUAGCAUACUAAAAUGACAAUAAGAGUCUGAAAACCUCAAAUGAAAUAAUUGCUUAAGUUUAUGUAUAUAGUUUACUAGAUAGCAGAAAUUACCAAAUCUAGUAUAAAAGUUCUAAUUAGUUGUUAAUCUAUGUUCUCAGCAUGCAUGCAAAUAUAUAUGCACACAUCCUCCAUGCAGGUGUGCACAGGAAAAAAAAUCCUCCUGUUUGUAUGCAUGCACACUUUCAUGCAGCAAAAUAUACCCCCUCACGAUGCACUCAUACACACAAUGAGCACAAAAUAUCCCUUCUCAGCACUUCUGCAUUAAAAUACCUCCCUUUCAGGAUGCACAGGAACAUGCACAAAUACCCCAUCCAUAUUCACCAUAAACUGCUCUCCUCUCAAGACACAAACACCCUGCCCAGACACUGUAAAAUUCAUAGAAAAAUACCAUUUUAUAGUUGUGCAUGUUUCUUCCCAGAGAUUAAUUUGUAACAUACAGCAAAAUAUACACCACGAACAGAAACAUAACCAGCAAAAUCCACUGAUGUGAAAAAAAUACUACUUUCUCCUCCAGCAAAUGAGGGUGGGGUUUUGGGUGACAGUGUUAGAGCACGGCACUAAAAGUCAUUACCACAUCUAUCAUUUGGGAUUUCAUGAAAUAAUAGCAUGUUCUUUUGCGGGAGGGAGAGCAUACAUUUUCAUGAUGAACAUUCUUUAUAGUCAGGUACAAUGGGGGAAAAGUAGAGUGGUGCAGUGGGUAGGGGACAAGACUGGGGACUCAGAUGAUCUUGGUUCUAGUCCUGAUUCUGCCACUGACUUGCUGUGUGAGGUUAGGGCAAAUCACUGAAUCUAAUUCCAAUUUGAUCCCUUUCUGUUUAUUUAGACUGAAAGUGAUAAAGCCGUGGUGUCCAACACACUAGCCACAAGUGGAUAUUUGGCUGAAUGGCUGCUCUUUGCCUAAGGAAAUUACUACAUCAAGCCACAAGGAAUGAAACUAGUUGCAUAAAUAGAUACUUUGAUAUUCGCGUGGUGCUAAUCAUGCAAAAGACAACAUUCUCUCAAACACUGAUGGUGAUGGCUGGUGCUAACCAGAGACCUAUGUUUAUACCCACAAAAUCAUUUUGUACAUCUGAAGAAGCUAAAAAGACACAAGGAAAGAAAAAAAACCUAAAUGCCCCCAAAACAUUUGGAAGUAUUGGGAGGAAAAUUCCUUAUCCAAUUCUUCAUGUAAUCAAUGAAAAUGGGGAUAGCUUGGGAAAUAUGCACAGAGGAGAUGUGAUUCAACUCAUGAAUAAAACUGAUUUGAAGCUUGUUCCACUGCGUGAAAAUGAAGACCCUCCAGUAUACAGACUGAUGACUGGGAAGCAGAUUCAUGAAGAGCAGCUCAAACUUAGAGAGAAAGAAAAAGCACAUUCAAAAACUGGACCUGUUCAGCUGAAGGAGUUAACUUUUUCCGCAGCUAUUGCAAAACAUGACUUAGAGACCAAAAUUAGACAGAUUCAGCAGUGGAUUGAUAAAAAGCAUCAUGUUAGAAUUUCUGUACAGCAAAAGAAUGUUGCAGAUGGGCCAGAAAAGAUGCUAGCUUUUUUUGACCAGAUUGUUGAGACUAUGCCUGCGAAAGCUACUUACCUAUCCCAGCCAAAAGUCAUUAGAGAAGGAAGAAGUACAUGUGUUUUGAGGCACAUGUCAGACAAAGAAGUUAAUGAAUACAAGAAAACAGAAAAACAAAAACAAAAAGACACUCCAAACAAGAGUGAAAAUGAAACUACUGAAUCCAAUGAAUUGCAGUGACUUUACCCAAACACCAGAAGUGAUUACAAAACAAAAUAUCCAGCUUUUUACAUAAACUGACCAAUGUGAUGAUAAAGCAACUGUCAAAAUUAACCAAA